AUGGCGGACUUGAAAGCUGAGUCAAAAGACGACAAUGCGUUGAAGCAAACAUCGACUGCCCACGAUGGGGAGACUGCGACUACUACGGGCGGCGGACCCGGCCUGCAUAGAGGGCUAUCAGGCCGCCACUUGAUGAUGCUCGCUAUUGGCGGUGUUAUUGGGCCUGGGUACUUUGUAGGGAUGGGCACGGGUCUGACGAGCGCCGGACCAGCGGGUCUACUGCUCUGCUUCACGGUUGUCGGCGUGCUGCUCUGGGCUGUUAUGCAGUCUCUAGGCGAGCUCGGUGCUUUCAUACCGCUGUCAGGUUCUUUCACGCAUUACACCUCCACCUUCGUUGACCCAGCCGUUGGUUUCGCGCUCGGCUGGAAUUACUGGCUUCUUUGGGCUGGAAUUAUCAUUGCGGAAUACAACAACUUGGGCCUCGUCUUGACUUACUGGGAGACAGCUGUUCCGAGAUGGGGGUGGAUCUUGAUCUUCUGGUGGUUCUUCCUCGCCUUCACCCUCCUCGGCGUCAAAUCCUUCGGCGAAGCAGAGUUCUGGCUGGCCCUCGUCAAAAUCCUCGCCAUCUUCGCCUUCUUUCUCUGCGCGAUCCUCAUAACAUCUGGCGUCCUCGGCGGCGAGAAGAUUGGGUUCAAGUUCUACCAUGACCCCGGCGCGUUCGCCGACGGCGCUAAAGGCGUCUUCAAAGUCUUCGUCUUUGCAGCGCUGCAGUACAGCGGCACCGAAAUGAUCGGACUCACAGCGGGAGAGUCGGCCAACCCAGCGCGCGACGUGCCCAAGGCCGUCAAAUCCGUACUCUGGCGCAUCUGCGGCAUCUUUCUGCUGGGCAUAUUCUUUCUUACCAUCACCGUGCCAUAUAAUGACCCGAACCUGCUGUCUGCAACAAGCAAGACGGCCAGGUCGCCCUUCGUCAUCGCCUUUACGAGAGUGGGCGCAAAUGCUGGGGCGCAUGUUGUCAACGCGAUCAUCCUCGUCACAAUGUUCUCCGCCAUCAAUGCAGCGCUCUACGUCGGUUCGCGUACGCUUUACGGUCUCGCUCAGGAAGGGCAAGCCCCUAAGAUUUUCGCGUGGACGAACAAAAACGGUGUGCCAGUCGUGUCCCUGGUCGUCAUGAAUCUCAUCGGCUUCUUAUCUCUUCUCAACCUGUCGUCUGGAGCAGGGGUAGUCUACACCUGGAUCAUUUCCAUCACUGGUGUCGCGACUUUCAUCACAUGGGGUCUGAUUUCUCUCAAUCAUAUCCGUCUGAGAAUGGCCCUCGCUGCGCAGAACAUUAGCGCCGAUGUUUUGCCCUUUCAAGCACCCGCCUGGCGAUUCUGCGCCUACCUGGGCCUUGCUGGCAACGUAUUCUUUAUCUUCUUCCAGGGUUGGACGUCUUUUGCUCCGUGGGAUGUGGAAGCAUUCUUCCAGAACUAUGUCGUCGUUUUGCUGUUCAUCAUUUUGGCUGUGGGCUGGAAAGUUGUAAAGAAGACCAAGUUUGUCACCCUUAAAGAGAUUGACUUGGGCACCGCGAGGAUGAUGAUUCAUGGUCAAAUGACAGGACAGCCCCAAUGA